AUGGAGAAUAUGCACCCCUUUAAACCUCCAAUCUACGUGUUCACUUUCACAAGCCCUGCCAUCAUGGCAUUAAACAUAUCCAAAGUCUGCUCAGCCGACUCAUUCCUCCUAACAUUCAGCCCCCUAGAAGGCAGCAUCCGCGAUCCCUUCCACAUCCUCCUCGACCCCGUGCUAGAAGAACCAGCAACCAAUACCCUCCUUCAUCAUCCUCACAGCAGACACAUCCCCUCGAUAAGCCACAUCCCAACACCAGAUCUCGUCAUACUCACUCAACGCAGAAUCACGCCUCCCCUCGAAGCUGCAUUACGACACAUUGCGCUCACAACUACGAAAACCAUCAUCUUGACCGACGCAGCAACGGCCAGGACGCUCCGCACAUGGAAGAACUUCGACAUCAGCAUCGUCGGCGCGCUCUCCCCGUGGCUAGAUCCGCGUCUAGUAGGAGAAGAUAGAGUAGCUCGUCUACCGGUUCCCCCAUGCUACAUCGGCGGCGACCGCGGCGAGGUGACGGUCUCUCUUAUCCCCCAGAGGGGCUUCAUGAAAGGCGGCCGCGCAGCCAUGGGCAUCACAUAUCGUCCUUCGCCCUCAAGACCGUCUCCCUUUCGACGAGUCGUCACCAUGCCCGUGACAACUCCCGGACCAACCAUAUCAACACCGCCGCCUCAACUUCUGGCUUCUCUUCCAGUGCCGUGUAUAGGAGACUUGACCGCCAGGCUCGUCCCUCCCACACCUCCGCUCACCCCCAAACUACCACAGCCUCCUCCAAAAGAUACAGACACGGGAUUACCGCCGCCUCGUUUCCCCGGCAAGACUCUUUCCGUGAUAUUCUCGCCGCGAGGCACAUCGUACAACAGCAUAAAGCCCUACGCAACCUCCCAUCUCGUAUCUGAAGCCGCUCUCCCCUUGACCGCACUCAUCCACAGCUUCGACGCGGAACCUAGGCAAUUGUUAGCUCUCGGACGGAACAAUAGCGAUUUCCCCAUCGGACAGGAAACAGCUCUGGCUUUGGGUGCGCGAGCCUGGAUAGCAACUUGCGGCUCGGACGUCAAGGCCACUGUGAGGAACGGGAGACCCCGUGCAAGGACGUAUCUUUGGCACGAGGUCCAAGAGAUGUUGGAUCGGGCAGAGGCAAGGGAGAGGAGAGCCUGUUCGGGCCGGUACGCGCCGAGGAGCACGCAGAUAUUGGAUCUGUACCAAGGUGAAGAGGUAACUCUGACGAGCGAUGGCGUUUGCGAGCUGGACCCUCUAUCGCAGCAUCAGCGCGCAGUGCCGGAUGCCUUGGGGUUAUUUCAUAGCGUUUCAGCGUUUUAA